GCCAAGGAUUCCUGCUCCUUGGGAACAGGCUCAGAAGCUGAGCUCUCAGCGCAGAAGUGUUGUUGCCCGUGGUCGUCACUCGCCAGCACAAAUGCCAAAUUGGGACGGUGGUGCUCAUGGACCCCGGCGAGGACCCUGAGGACACACUGCACACACACCGGUCCCGGGAGAAGACCUUCAUCUUCGACAUCGUGUUCGACCAGCACACCUCCCAGGAAGACGUGUACCUUGCCACCCCCCAGCACUAGUGGAAGGCGUCAUUUCUGGAUACAACGCGACGGUGUUUGCCCACGGCCCCUCAGGUGCUGCCAAAGGCCGGUGUCCCCCGGAGGGAAUGAGGUGCCAGCAAGACCCACACGAUGCUGUGCAUGGAUGCGGGGCCCGGCAUCUACCUGCAGAUGCUCACUGACCUCUUCCAGGCCAUCGAGGAGACCCAUGACAGCACGGACUGCAGCGUGUCCAUGUCUUACCUUGAGACCAUGCAGCUCCUCACCAGAGGCAACUGGCAGCGCACACAGGAGUCCACCGCCACCAGCAAGAUGUCGUCCCACUCCCACGCCAUGCUACAGGUCACUGUGCACCGGCGCAGCCACGGCACAGACGUGGCAGAGGAAGUGCACAUUGGGAGGCUCUCCAUGGUGGACCUGGCGGGCUCGGAGCUGGCGUCUCAGACCCAGAACCGAGGCAAGAGGAUGAAGGAGGGCGCCCCCAUCAACCGCUCCCUGCUGGCGCUGGGCAACUGCGUCAACGCACUCAGCGAGAAGGGUGGCAGCCAGGCGCAGCAUGUGAACUCCCGGGACAGCAAACUCAGGCGCACCUGCUGAAGGUAUGAGCCCCUGGCCAGAGACAGGCGUGGCUGCAGCAUCUGACUGCAUCUUUCAGGAUUUACCUGGGCCUAAGGGCCCUUCCAGAAACCCCUGAAAGCAGGAAAAUCUCUGCUUUAUCUGGCGAAAUCAUCUCUAGUCACUGCUCGAAUCCCCCUCCAUCCCUCUGAGUGUGGUCCAGCCCAUGCUUGCACACUCCCAGGGACAGGAAGCUCACUACCUCACCAAGGCUGCCUGUCUCAUCACAGAUGGUCUGAGAAAAUUCCUCUUCAUACUGAGCUGAAUGCUGUCACCUCUAUUCUACAGCAAGGCAGGGUAUAGGUAAACAGAUAGGCAAAGCAACAAAUAAAUGGCUCUGUGAGUUUGGCCUCUCGGUCUAAUCUACCUGCAUCAGAGUGGAAGUAGGAUGGGGCGGGCCUACAGCAGGUCCAUCUCAGCCUGUGCGUCACCUCCCUGAGCAUUGACCCCUUGGUCCAGCCUCAGCUGCCCUUCUCAGGGUUUGGAGCAGGAACCCCAGAUGGGCUGGUCCAGAGGAGCCCGGGACAGGUAGCGGAGGGAUGGUGCCCCCAGGCAGGUGGGAACCCUGGUUCCCACCAUCCCCAGCUCGCGCCUUCCACUGAGAAGGAUGCCCUGGGAGGGAACAGCCGGACGGUGAUGACUGCCCACAUCAGCCCAGCCAGCACGCACUUCAGGGAGGCGCGGACCACCCUGCUAUAUACAUACCGAGCAGGGAGGUGUGGACACCCUGCUAUACGUGUACCGAGCAGGGAGGCGCGGACACCCUGCUAUACACGUAGAACCAAGAACGUCAAGAGGACGGUGAGCCGCGCCCUCCCACCUUCCCUCACCCGCUCCCUCUGUUACUCUCCCGCCUGCUCACUGAGUCCUACAGCUCUCCCUCCAGAGGCUCUAGGGGAGGGUCCCUCCCAGCUUGCAUGGCUCCUGGCGCUUGGCUUGUGGCCACACCCCUCCAAUCUCUGCUCCGCCUUCCCUUCCUCCUUGUGCUCCUCUCUUUCUCCUCUUUUAUGAGGGCAGUUGGCAUUGAUUUGAGGGCCCUCCCUAAUCUGGGAUGAUCUCAUCUCAAAUCCUUAAUUACAUCUGCAGAGACCCUUUUUUCCAAAUAAGGCCACAUUCACAGGUUUCAGGGAAAGGACUUGUCUCUGCCUGGCACCACUGUAAGCUCUCACUGGGAUCUGAUUUACUUAAUUCUCAGCAACUGGCUCCCUAGGAGGUAGGUCCUACUAUUAUCCCAUCUUACGGAGUGGGCAGCUGAAGCACAGAGAGAUAAAGCAACUUCUCUAACCUACCACAGCAGGGUCAGAGCUGGUGUUGGGGCCCAGGGAGCCUGGCUCCAGAGCCCAUGCCUCACACUGCCAUGCUGUUCUGUCUACACGGCUGUACUCAGUGUAAAGGAUUCA